ACAUUUAUUUUAAAUAAGCAAUAAUAAUACUCUAUUUCCUUUGCUUUUGUAACAAAUCAAAAACAAAUAAUUUCAAUAACAACAAGAGGAAGAAGAAACAACAGUCACACAAUUACGCACCUGAGCCUCCUGAGCUUCCCCCAAUUCCCCCAAACAGUUUGUAGCGAGUAAAUUAUGGUGUGGUGAUGAUCAUGGCCACUGCCGUCGUCGGACUGCACACCGCCACCGGAAAAAGCCUCCUCCGCCUCGGCGCUACCUCCUACUACUCCGAUCUCUCCGCCGAAAGGCUCAAUUGCUCCGCAGAUCCCUCCACCACCACCUCCUCCUCCUCCUCGAUCAAUUUCAUCUCCGCCUCCGGCGAUAAAUCACGGUCACGACGCCGCCCGCACUCCAUCAAAGCCCUAAGAGAUCCUCACCCCUGCCUCUCCGAUCCAGAUCAUCUCGUCGAUGCGGUGCUUCUGCUGCAGAAAUCUAUGCUCGAGAAGCAAUGGAAUCUCGCCCCUAAAUCUGAGGUCACUUGUUCCGGAACAUCCGCCCGCCGCCGCAGGCUGGAAUCCAGGAAGAGAGUUGAAAAGCCGAUUAUGAAUCCCGAGCUUCUUCGCAGAGGCUAUGUCAAGAGCGACCAGCUCCUCACUCAUUCCCAAGUCGUUCAGCUUUCGCACAAAAUUAAAGCAGGCCUUGCCUUGGAAGAGCGAAGGGCAAGGCUGAAGCAAAGAUUAGGGUGCGAGCCCUCGGAUGAGCAGCUUGCGGCCUCCCUGAGGAUGAGCCGUGCUAAUCUGCAGUCGAAGAUGAUUGAGUGCUCGCUGGCCAGAGAGAAGCUGGCGAUGAGCAAUAUCCGGCUCGUCAUGUCUAUUGCUCAACGAUACGACAACAUGGGUGCUGAAAUGCCUGAUCUUAUUCAGGCCGGUCUAAUUGGAUUGCUACGGGGGAUUGAGAAGUUUGAUUCUUCAAAGGGAUUCAAGAUCUCUACCUAUGUGUAUUGGUGGAUAAGACAGGGUGUUUCAAGAGCUUUAGUCGAGAGCUCUAGAACCCUAAGGCUGCCAACGCAUUUACACGAAAGGCUAACUUUGAUCAGAAAUGCAAAGGCUAGGCUUGAAGAAAGAGGAGUAACUCCAUCUAUUGAUAGAAUUGCUGAGAGUCUCAACAUGACUGAGAGGAAAGUGAGGAAUGCUACUGAGGCAGUCAGCAAGGUUUUCUCUCUUGACAGAGAAGCAUACCCCUCUUUAAAUGGUCUUCCCGGAGAAACUCUUCAUAGUUACAUUGCAGAUACUCACAUCGAGAAUAACCCAUGGACUGGAGUUGAUGAAUGGGCGCUUAAGGAUGAAGUAGAUAAACUUAUUAGUGUGACGUUGCGAGAAAGGGAACAGGAUAUUAUCCGUCUAUACUAUGGCCUAGAUAAUGAAUGCCUCACUUGGGAAGACAUUAGCAGACGGAUAGGGUUGUCGAGAGAGAGAGUAAGGCAGGUGGGGCUCGUGGCGCUAGAGAAAUUAAAACAUGCUGCCAGGAAAAGCGGAUUGGAGGCAAUGUUGGUGCAACACUGAUAGCUAUAAAUACUGUGAGCUUAAUGUAUAUAUAGAGCAGAAAAAGGACGUUAUACAUGAGGAUCAUAUGCCAUUUUUACACAAUAUUCAUAAGGAUGUACUUACAAUUUUUAGACAUGUUA